AUGAAGAAUGGCAAAGUUCCCAGAUCUUAUGGCACACCAUUUGAGAAAUUUCUUAAGCCUCCAAAUGAUACAGCAAGAUGGAAUAACACCCCCAAAACACUGAUUUCAGUCAUGAAAGAUAAUAACCCUAUGCUUUACCAUGCUAGGAGAGAAAAGAACAUUGUGCCUUGCAGUCCACUCCAUGUCUUCUGCCUCCUGGUUUGCAUCUUCCACAAAUACCCGGGCAAAAAGGGAAAGAAUUCCCUCAGCAAGGAGGAGCUCAAGGAGCUGAUGGAGAACGAGCUCACCAUUGAGCGGAAGCUCAGUGAUGUGGAGAUUGUAAAGCUAAUGAAUGACUUGGACCAGAACAAGGACCAGGAAGUGAACUUCCUGGAGUAUGUCACCUUGGCCAUGAUUUACAAUGAUGCCCUGAAAGGUGUUCUAUGA